AGGACUACAAAUGCUCUUAACUGAUGAGUGAUCUCUCCAGCUCAGAAUUUCCAUUUUCUUGAGUUCAUUAAGCUUAGUACUACGGUAUCUACAUAAAACUGAUUUAUUCUACAGGAGGAUAAAAGGCAUGGCAGCAGCCAAACUUCUGCAUGACUGUGGCCUCAGUGUGGUGGUUUUGGAAGCACGGGACCGUGUGGGAGGCAGGACUUAUACAAUUAGGAAUAAAAAUGUUAAAUAUGUGGACCUUGGAGGAUCUUACGUUGGGCCAACCCAGAAUCGUAUCUUACGAUUGGCCAAAGAGCUAGGAUUGGAGACCUAUAAAGUUAAUGAAGUUGAGAGGCUGAUCCACUUUGUAAAGGGAAAAUCAUACCCCUUCAGAGGCCCAUUCCCACCAGUAUGGAGUCCGAUUACCUACCUAGAUAAUAACAACCUCUGGAGGACAAUGGAUGAGAUGGGCCAAGAGAUUCCCAGUGAUGCUCCAUGGAAGGCACCCCUUGCCGAAGAGUGGGACUACAUGACAAUGAAAGAAUUGCUAGAUAAGAUCUGCUGGACCAAAUCUACAAAGCAGAUUGCCACGCUCUUUGUGAACCUGUGUGUAACUGCAGAGACCCACGAGGUCUCUGCACUAUGGUUCCUGUGGUAUGUGAAGCAGUGUGGAGGUACAACCAGAAUCAUCUCAACAACCAAUGGAGGACAGGAGAGGAAAUUUAUUGGUGGGUCCGGUCAAGUGAGUGAGCGGAUAAAGGAAAUCCUUGGGGACCGAGUGAAGCUGGAGAGGCCUGUGAUCCACAUUGACCAGACAGGGGAAAAGGUUGUUGUAAAAACCCUAAACCAUGAAAUAUACGAGGCUAAAUAUGUGAUUAGUGCCAUUCCACCUGUUUUGGGCAUGAAGAUUCACUAUAGUCCUCCUCUGCCCAUGUUAAGAAACCAGCUGAUCACACGUGUGCCUUUGGGUUCAGUUAUUAAAUGCAUGGUUUAUUAUAAAGAGCCUUUCUGGAGGAAAAAGGAUUUCUGUGGAACCAUGGUUAUUGAAGGAGAGGAAGCUCCAAUUGCAUACACAUUGGAUGAUACCAAACCAGAUGGCAGCUAUCCUGCUAUAAUGGGAUUUAUCCUUGCUCACAAAGCUAGAAAACUGGUACGCCUUACCAAAGAAGAAAGACUGAGGAAACUUUGUGAGCUAUAUGCAAAAGUUCUGAACUCCCAAGAAGCUCUGCAGCCAGUCCAUUAUGAAGAGAAGAACUGGUGUGAGGAACAGUAUUCUGGGGGCUGCUACACAACCUACUUCCCUCCUGGUAUCUUAACUCAGUAUGGAAGGGUUCUACGCCAGCCAGUGGGCAGGAUUUUCUUUGCAGGCACUGAGACAGCCUCACACUGGAGCGGCUACAUGGAGGGGGCUGUGGAGGCUGGGGAAAGAGCUGCCAGAGAGAUUCUUCAUGCCAUUGGGAAGAUUCCUGAAGAUGAAAUUUGGCAGGCAGAACCAGAAUCUGUGGAUGUCCCCGCACGACCCAUUACCAGCACCUUCCUGGAGAGACACCUGCCUUCUGUACCAGGCCUGCUAAAGCUGCUUGGAUUGACUACCAUCUUGUCAGCAACAGCUCUUGGUUUCCUGGCCCACAAAAGGGGCCUGCUUGUACGUUUUUAAAGAUGGGCUUUAGAACCACAUCCACAGGCUUCUCAUUAAGUGUGCCACAAAGGCUUCACGAAGGAGUUGAUACAUAAAAAUCUUACAAAGACGAAGAGAAUAUGGAGUGAGAAAGCACAGUAACUUGUUCUCCAUUUUGGCUGUUAGCAUCCCUUAACUGUGGUCCACUCAUUUCCAACUUUCCUGCCCUCUGAAUGUUUCCAGCAGAUACACAAGCUUGUCCCUUGCUCUCUCACAACCUACCUGCCCCAUGCACACAGGUUUUUUUUUUUUCAAAACUCUAUGGCUUUGUGCUUGUCUUUCAUCUGUUGUGCUAUGUCCUCACCUAUAUCAAGUUCUUUGCCAUUGUACCUAGAGUCCUGUCUUGUUAGAAUGGGAAGCCAUUAGAUACUGGGAAGAUUAGAUAAUGGGAAGCCAUUAGUUAGUCCUGUCUUGUUAGAAUGGGAAGCUCAUUGUCUACUUUAGAGUUAAAUAAACCAAAUGCAACAAAGGUAAAUCCUAGUCACACAAGGCCUACACUAAGCUACUGGUAUUUGGGUGACUGGAACACAAGUUGAUGCUUUUCUCACCUCCCAAGGUUCAUUCCCCUAUGAUCCUCCUCCACCUUAUGCCAUAGUCACUGCGGGUUGUUCUUGUGGAUUUACUCUGUAUUAACUGGUAUUGCUUUACUCAGUAGAUAUCCUCUAGUCUUGCUGCUUUGUGCAGUGUUGCCAACUGAUUCUAAUUUUUCUUGAGAGUGGGAGCCUUUCUUUGUCAUUUCUUUUUUGCAUCUUCUAGUAUGCUUCCAUUCAAAGAUUAAGACAUGCUUAGGUAGUUAACAAUAAAGCUGUUUGACCAUA